UCAGAGCUGUGCGCUGCAGAGAAGCUCCAAAUCCUCGCCAGGAUUUUAAUCCAUUUCCUCCUAAAAACCUUAAGAGUUUUGCUUCACCCUGACUUCGGAAGAAUCACAUCGGUUUGGGAGACGGAUAUUAAUUUAGGAGACGCAGAGAAAAUUUGUUUGGAAGUCAAACACACACAAGGACAUCUCCUGGAAAGCUCAGCCGGUAAUAUUUUAUUUAUACUGUGUUUUCUGAACUGACUCUAGCCUGAAGUAUAGGCUGCUUUCACACUGAAUAAUUAUUUAGGACUGUUAUCUGAGGUCCUCACAUCACAGGUCUGAGUCUUGUGGUCUGGAACGUAACUAACCCGUAAAGACCCGUGUCCUUAUUUACACCUUCAUAUACAAUGCUUCUUGCUACACUUCUCCCGCAAACCUGUCACUCUUUUCCUUAGUAAACAUUGCUGCCUGUUAAUCUUGGCUAUGGGGACACGUGUGAACGACUCGGCUGUAUUUGUCAAUGCAUCUCUGACGUUUUCAGAGACUCCUGUGUCUUCUCAGGACACGGUAAUAACGUUUCUCCUAGGCACAGUCCUGGCUACGAUGUUUCUAGUCGGUACUGUUGGAAACGUGUACACCCUGGUGGUAAUGAACAUUGCAAUACGAGUAACCGGCACUAUGUACGUCUACAUCGUGAACUUGGCCUUGGCCGAUCUGCUCUACCUGUGUACCAUUCCGUUUGUGGUGUGCACCUACUUCGCCAAGGACUGGUACUUCGGCGACAUCGGGUGCCGCGUGCUCUUCAGCCUCGACUUCCUCACCAUGCACGCCAGUAUCUUCAUGCUGACCGUGAUGAGCACGGAGCGCUAUGUGGCCGUGCUCAGACCGCUGGACACCUUCACCCGUUCCAGACACUACAGGCGAGCCGUCACCUGCGCCGUCUGGCUCGUCUCAUUCGCCCUUUCUCUCCCAACCAUGAUCAUGAUCGAGCUGAGGACAAGCAACCGAGAUGGGGUUGAGAAGCGUAUAUGCCACCCCACCUGGCAGAUGACUGCCUACAAAGCCUACCUGACUGUCCUCUUUAACACGUGCAUCCUGGCUCCCGGAUGCAUCAUUGGGUACCUCUAUCUCAAGUUAGCGAGAACUUACUGGACAUCCCAAACCACCGUGUUCUCCUCCUCCAAAGCAUCAAGCGGGACUAAAUGCCCCAAACAGAAAGUACUAUAUAUGAUCUUUGGUAUAGUUCUUACGUAUUGGGCAUGCUUUGUACCUUUCUGGUUAUGGCAGCUGCUCAGUGUUUAUUACUUUGAACACGGGAAGCUCUCUCAUAAAACGAUGGUAUGUGUGAACUUCAUCGUGACGUGUCUGGCUUACAGCAACAGCUGCAUCAACCCUUUUCUGUACACGCUGCUGACCAGAAACUAUCAGGAGUAUUUGAGAGACAGGCAGAAGAGCGGCAUUGGGUUUAAAAAGAGAUUCUAUCAUUCAUCUCAAAGAUCUGUGUCAUCUGGGAGUCACCAGUUUACACUUUAAGCAGUGCCCAUCAAACUGGCAUUCUGAAUGCCUGCAGUGAACUUUGAAGAUUUUAAUGUGCUGCUCUUAAGCAGAGGAACUUUAUUCAUAUCAGUGCUGACAUUCUGAUAGGCAGUAAUUUUCAGGAAAACAGAGUUGACAUUUUAAAAAGAAAUGAUCAGACUAGAUAAGAGGGGGAAAAAAUCCUUUGCAGGAUGAAGCACAGGAAAUCAUAUGGGUGUUUAUUAGAAAAUGGGAGUGAGGUUUAGGUGUGAUCUUGAAUGGAGCUUAAAAAGAAAAUCAAAACACCCAAACUCUUUUUUUUUUCUGAAAUAACAUGAUGACAUGUACAACAAGUGCAAUCAGACAAAAUAUUUUAUGUGGCUUUUAUAACUUGCCUGGGAAUCGACAUAAUAAGUGGUACGGACAUUUUCAGCACGUUCGAUUUUAUUCAGAUGUAAUGUUUCCUAAAGUACAGCUUUAAAAAAUGUCUCCUUUUAAAAACUAGGUUCUGAUUAUGGCUUCUGUUCAAACCAGAGUAAAUACAUCAUGUGUACAGGUGAAGUCGUGUGUUUCAGUAGCUUGUGCUUCUACACAUGCCUCCAUGGUACGCAAAUGCUAAAUGCUUAAUAAACGGCCUCCUUUAGCUGAUUUUAUAGGAUUUAAAGCCUCUAAUAAGCCUUCAACUGACUACACAUGACAGAGAUCAUGUCACAAUAACAAUGUUAAGGCUCCAUACGCUGCGGUUACACAACAUCCGGACAUACGUCAUGGUCUUACAGCUUCAUGAACCAAUUUGUGUGAAAAGUUAUGAACAGUGAAAUUUAGGCAGUUCUGUGAUUAUGCUUUUCAUAUAAUUAUACUUUUAUAAAAUCCAACAACAUUUAGGAGAGAAUGGGAGAGAAUUAUUUUUUUUUUACAAAAUAUCUACAAAAGAAGAAAUGUAUUGAACUUUGUAAAAUGUAUGAAUUUUACAGAUGUUAGAGAAGUGCCACAUAAAUUUGAACAUCACUAUUUGAAGCAAUUACGGGUUUUAUUUUCUUUUUAUUUCCAGAUGUACGGUAAUUAAAAAUUCUGCAAGAAUAACUUAAGAAUACCACUUAACAUUACUCGACUAUUUGUCACUGCAGUGGCGUAAAAAUACACCACGUUUCACUACUAAAUAAAAAGUCAGUUCAUUUUUAAACCAAUGUCUUGGUCAUUAAAACAGACCGAAGGGAGAAAAAUCUGUCUAACUAUAUAUUUAAAAUAAAUAUAUUUGUAAGAAGCUAGUGAGAUGUGGUGUGUGCGGUUUUGGUGUUUCAGGUGUUAAUUAGUUUAGCAUGUUCUUCUUUAAUUAGUUUUUAUUGCUUUUUGGAAAAAAACUUGUCAAAUAGUGAUGUAAUAAUCAUGUGCUUUUAAAGUGUUGACUAUUUUCUUGUGUUCUUUAUUGCAUGAAACUUUAUUGCCGUUUGUUCUGUAUAAAUGUGAACAAAAUCUACUCCAGAUUUCAGAAUAUUGAGGAUAUAUGACUACAGUUUUAAUGCUGUCAGAUUGAUUUUCAAUUUUUGUGUGUUUUUUUUUUUUUUUCUCUCCAAGGCUUCUAUGCUUUUGCUGCUCAUAAAUAUUCUUAAUUUUAGACAUUCUGUUGUGUGUAAAGAAAAUGUAUAGUAAUAUAUAAGAAAAGCACCUUGGGUUUUGGUGAUUGUUAGAGAUAUUACAUCUUCUUGUCCAAAUGUAAAUUGUUCAUAAGUGCUGUAAUGCUCUUAAAAUGUAAAAUAUUGCUUAAAAAAAAUCUCAUUCUUAUCCUCUUCUGCAGAGAGGAUUCUGCUGGAAAACAUUUCAAAGCUCUGGUUCACGUGUACUAGUCAGCGUAAUCAAGAUCAGCUGUAGCUUUCAUUCACACACUUACAACAAUGAACUAAUAUUUCAUACUAAUAUUUCAUACUAACAUUUAUUCAAAAUGCAUUUCAGUGGUACUUUCUCAUUAAUUUUACUUAUACAGUGUGUUUGAAUUCUUCAGUCUGGUUUCUCAGAAGGUGUUAAAGGUUAAAGGUGUUAAAGAUAAAGGUUUAUCUGAAUGCACUCAUUCUAAUACGUUAUCGUUUCUAUAGUAACGACUCAGUCACAGGGACUUGUAAGGCUUGUAGAAAGGUUGUUAUAGAUACCAAAGAAAAAUGUAUGAUCAUUAAUAUGCUGAAAUUUUCUGUGAGGAGACGUUUAACAUUUAUGGAAGGAAUCCCUCCACGGGAAAGUCUUCAAGGCGAGUUUCCAGUUUCUUGGCAACACGGCAAGCAGUUUUUUUGUUGUUUGUUUUUUAUUUUUGUCUUAUUGACUUCAGGAGAGAGAAAAAAACAGAGGCUGGUGAGAUAAUAACUGUUUACAGCUGCUAUAGCGUAAGUGAUAACAAGAACUAACUUAAAUGUCACAAUAAUGUCAUUCAUUAAUAAAUGAAAAAUUGUUAGUGUUGGCAAAUUGCUGUUGUGUAAACGGAAUAAUACAGUUCAGGAUGUUCUGGUAUAGGAAACUAAUCAACUUUGGGGUGGUAACAGCAACUCGGCUUUGACCGGGGCAACAUCACACCAGCCUGUUAUUGAUUAUUUUCUUAUAACAGCACACCAUGUCACAUUUUAUUCCUUACUUAUUCACAAAUUAUCGUCUGUAGCUUGUUGAAAAGACGGAGCCCCGUGCAAAUAAUUAUAAAAUUGAAUGCUGCUGUGAGUGAGUAAUAUGGAGUGAAAUCCUUUAAAACUGUUCUCUGUGUUGGUUUUACAAAUGUUCUGCACAAAAGGUGAUGAAAGCACGUGAUGUACUGCCUGCAUGGCUUUUCAAAAAAACAUCCCACCAGCUUGUAAGUACAAAUGUUUACAUUAUCGACUUUUCCACAGGCUCAUUAGUGUAGUAUUUUGUCUUGUUUAAGGUUCCUUGGAUCAAAUGCACAGCUAAACUAGACUAUUGUUUCCCACCAGCACUUUACCCAAUGAUCCAGUGUGAGCUGUGCCAAACAUGCACUCAAUCACCAGCCUCUCAUUCACACGCACCUCUUGGGGUGAUUCUUGUCUUGUUUUUGCAGGUCGUGCUGCUCUGGCCUCGUUUUUCCCGGGUAAUCAUUGUUGAUGGCAUAAAUUAUCUCAGAUGCUUAGAUGAGGGGUUUGUCUCCUGUAAAAUUGUAAAGAUAAAUGUCAGUGAUCACUGCGCUGACCUCUAGGCAGUGAAAGACUUUUAUUUUCUUUUAAAGUUUCCAGGAACGUUUCUGAACAAAUUGGGGUUGACAUUGGUACCAAACAGAGAUAACACAGAGGAAAUGGAGGAGAAUAAUUGUUUCAGACAAUGCAGAACAGACGCUUGAUUUUUUCCACAGGACGUUUCUGUCCUGCACAGAAAUCCUGCGCUUUGUGUGUUUAUGCAAUACAUAUUACUGAGAGGUACAAAGUUAUUGUGAAAUAACUAGAUUAGACGGAAUAAUGCAAUAAGAGUAUGACAAAUUUGAAAGCAAAAGCAUCAAAGAUCAAAGAUGCACUCGAAAAAGUGGCUAAUGAUUUCACUUCACUCUGAUCAUUUAAACAGAUGGUGCAUUAUUGAUUGUGCUGUUUUAAAAAAAGUCUGAUGAGAUUUCCAGUGCCGGUCUAAACAAUCCCACUAUCUCUCG